AUGCUGCACGGCCCCGCCGCUAUGGGGGAGCCGUGGCCGCCGCAGCCGCCGCAGCAGCAGCAGCAGCAGCAGCAGCAGCAGCGGCUCCCGGGGCUCGGCAACGCCUCGGAGCCGCCAGCCUGGCCGGGCACGGCGGCACCGGGCGGCGGGGCGGCGGCCGCGGGCCCGGUCAGCCCCUGGGACAUCGCGCUGUGCGCCACGGGCACGGCGGUGGCGGGCGAGAACGCGCUGGUGCUGGCCGUGCUGUUCUACACGCCGAGCCUGCGGGCUCCCAUGUUCCUGCUGAUCGGCAGCCUGGCGCUGGCCGACCUGCUGGCCGGGCUGGGGCUGGUGGCCAACUUCGCCGUGCGCUACCUGCUGCGGCCGCCCAGCGAGGCGGCGGAGCUGGCGGCCGCGGGGCUGCUGCUCGCCGCCUUCUCCGCCUCGGUCUGCAGCCUGCUGGCCAUCACCGUGGACCGCUACCUGUCGCUCUACAACGCGCUCACCUACCACAGCGAGCGCACGCUGGGCUUCACCUGCGCCAUGGUGCUGCUGAUGUGGCUGCUGUGCCUGGGCGUGGGGCUGCUGCCGCUGCUGGGCUGGAACUGCCUGCGGGACCAGAGCGCCUGCAGCAUCCUGCGGCCCGUCACCAAGGACAACGCGGCCGUGCUGGCCGUCACCUUCCUGCUGCUCUUCGCGCUCAUGAUGCAGCUCUACCUGCAGAUCUGCAAGAUCGCCUUCCGGCACGCUCAGCAGAUCGCCGUGCAGCACCAGUUCAUCGCCACGGCGCAGGCCAGCUCCACCCGCAAAGGGCUCUCCACGCUCUCGCUCAUCCUCGGCACCUUCGCGCUCUGCUGGAUCCCCUUCGCCAUCUACUCGCUGGUGGCCGAUUCCAGCUACCCCUCGGUCUACACCUACUCGCUGGCGCUGCCCGCCACCUGCAACUCGCUCAUCAACCCCAUCAUCUACGCCUUCAGGAACCCGGACAUCCAAAAAUCGCUCUGGCUGGCCUGCUGCGGGUGCAUCCCUUCCACGUUCUCCUCCAGACCAAGGACAUCCAGCGACGUGUGAGGACUCAGCGCGGAGCCGGAGGUGCUCCCUGGUUCUCCUCCUCCUUCUCUUUUUUCCCCUCUGUCGUUAUUGUUUCCUGCCGGGAGGAGUCCGCCUCCCCGGUCAGCACAUCUCGUUCCAUGGAAAGACGGCCAAAAAGAGAGGAAAGAAAAAAAAAAAAAAAAAAAGGAGCAAAAGGGAAAAAAGAAAGAGAGAGUAGAAUGAUAAUAGUUUCCUUUAGAAAUGUUAUUUUCUUACACAUUUUAUUUUUUAUUUA